AUGUUGACUCGCUCUUUGUCGUUGGUGCAAGGCCAGACGGUCAUGUACGCAAGUUGUGCAGCACUGUCUUCUUCCAAGCCCACCGGUAAAAGAAUCAAGACAUUUGAAGUCUACCGUUGGAAUCCUGACCAUAAGGGCUCCAAGCCCGGAAUGCAGAAGUUCGACAUAGACUUGGAUCAAUGCGGAUCUAUGGUGUUGGACGCGCUCUUGAAGAUUAAAGACGAACAGGAUCCCACCUUCGCCUUCAGAAGAAGUUGUCCGUGA